AUGUCCAUCUACCAGCUCGCCCAGCUGCUCCCGCUGCCAGAUGAGGAACUACAGCAAGUUCUCGACUAUGCCUCGACACUCUCAAAACCCGAAGCCGUCACACACUUCAGCAACCUCCUCGGCGAUUCGCCUGCCGUAAUCGAUUUUAUAUCCACCUUCAACGGUCGUCGAAAAGAUCCCGCGGCUCCCGCAGCUGCUCCAGCCCCUCCAGCCGCUUCGACAUCAAAAGCUUCAGGGCCCAAGAAGAAGAAGGCGCCGAUACACACCCCAGAGGCUCGAAAAGUUGAAGACUAUGCUGGUCCAGCUGGAAAGGCAUACAAUAAAAAGGAUUCUGAUCUAGAGUACAUAUCUCAGCGAUCCAGUGCGCCGAACAGCAAUCGCCCGUCAAGGACAGCCUCGCCAGCAAGACCUCUCAUCAAGGAACCAACUGUUAAAAAGGCGGCACAACCCACCAAGGUUGAGGCGCCUGCACCAAAGCAAUCAAAUUCUACAGCGGCUGGCUAUCUCAUAUCGGACGAUCCAAAAAAGUCAAAGCCUAAGUCUACGCCAGUUUCUCGAGGAGUGCCAAUGGCAGGCCAAUCUACGGCAUUGGCCGACCUGGAUGCUGCCAUCCGAUCUCUAGAGAUUACGACAAACCCAACGCUAGAGAAGGACGCCAAGUCAAGGAAAUGCAAUUGCGUGGCAGCCAGGCAUCCUCUUCAAGCUGCGGCCCCCAACUGUCUUUCUUGCGGAAAGGUAAUCUGCUUGAAGGAAGGCUUGGGGCCAUGUACAUUCUGUGGAACACCACUGCUAAGUUCCGACGAAAUCCAAGCCAUGGUCAGAGAACUCAAGGACGAGCGUGGCAGGGAAAAGAUGGCGGCGAAUGCAGCAGCUCAUCGCAGGGCAGAUGUGGCCAAGACACCCGCACCGUUUACGCCGCCGCGAGGGUUGGACAGCGAUGCUCCAUCACUGUCUGAAGCGGCUGCCAAAGCACGAGACCAUCGAGAUAAGCUGCUCAACUUUCAAGCACAAAACGCCAAGCGAACGACGGUGAGAGAUGAAGCGGCAGAUUUUGACGUAUCGGGUGCCAUGGGUGGAAUGGGCAGCAUGUGGGCGACGCCCGAAGAACGAGCAAAAGAGUUGAAGAGACAGCAGAAAAUCAUGCGAGAGAUGGAAUGGAACGCACGGCCAGAAUACGAGAAGCGGCAGCAAGUUAUUAGCAUCGAUCUUGCUGGUCGUCGAGUUAUAAAGACCGUUGCACCUGUUGAACGCCCAGUCACACCAGAAGAAGAUGAAGCUCAGUAUGUCGACUCUGGUAUCCUACAAGAGACGUCUGGAAACAGGAACGCCGGCGGGGCAUUCAGUACAAAUCCGCUCCUGGGGGCCGUGAUGAGGCCUAUCUAUGAUGCCAAAGGCAAAGGGGCCGAGGCAGAGGGCCGAAGCAGUCGCAGCAAGGGAUGGAGAAGGGUUCAAGACGACUUGGACAAUAACGAAGGAGUCAUUCUAGACGGAGGAGCGUAUGGGCUACAAGCGGUUGGCGGAGACGAGCCGGAGCGCGGGUAG